CAAACAGUCUGUGUGAACGAGAGGAGAAAUGGCGCAGCAAAGAAAUCAGCUGGAUUCAGAGAAAUUCUCUUGUUCCAUCUGUCUGGAUCUACUGAAGGAUCCGGUCUCUACUUCCUGUGGACACAGCUACUGCAUGGACUGUAUUAAAACACACUGGGAUGGAGAGGAUGGGAAAAGAAUCUACAGCUGCCCUCAGUGCAGGAAGAUUUUCACACUGAGGCCUGUCCUGCAGAAAAAUGUCAUGUUAGCAGAGUUAGUGGAGGAUCUGAAGAAGACUGGACUCCAAGCUGCUGCUGAUGAUCACUGCUAUGCUGGAUCUGAAGAUGUGUCCUGUGACGUCUGCACUGGGAGGAAGAUGAAGGCUGUCAAGUCCUGUCUGGUCUGUUUGGCCUCUUAUUGUGAAAUUCACCUCCGACCUCACUAUGAUUCACCUCCAUUAAAGAAACACCAGCUGGUGGAGCCCUCCAAGAAUCUCCAGGAGAACAUCUGCUCUCGUCACGAUAAGAUGAUGGCGAAUUUCUGUCUCACUGAUCAACAGUUGAUCUGUUAUCUCUGCACAAUGUAUGAACAUAAAGGCCAUGAAACCGUCUCAGCAGCAGUAGAAAGGAUGAAGAGGCAGAAGGAGCUAGAGGUGAGUCGACUGAACGUCCAGCAGAGAAUCCAGGACAGACAGAAAGAUGUGAAGCUGCUUCAACAGGAGCUGAAGGACAUCAAAGUCUCUGCUGAUAAAACAGUGGAGGACAGUGAGGAGAUGUUCACCCAGAUGAUCCAUCUCCUCCAGAACAGACGGCGAGAUGUGGAGCAGCAGAUCAGAUCCCAGCAGAAGAUCGAAGAGAGACGAGUCAAAGAGCUUGAGGAGAAGCUGGAGCAGGAGAUCAGAGAUCUGAAGAGGAAAGACGCUGAACUGAAGCAGUUCUCAGAUACAUCAGAUCACAACCAGUUCCUCCACAACUACCCCUCAGUGUCAGCACUCAGUGAGUCCAAACCCUCAUCCAACGACAUCAUCCGUCCUUGGAGACACUUUGAGGACGUGACAGCAGCUGUGAAAGAGCUCAGAGAUAAAAUACUGAACAUUCUGUGGGACGCGUGGACAAACAUCUCACUGGCAAUCACUGAAGUGGAUGUUCUACUGCCACAACCAGAACCAAAGACCAGAGAUGAGUUCUUAAACUAUUCAAGAGAAAUCACUCUGGAUCCAAACACAGCAAACAGAAAGCUGUUAUUAUCUGAGGGGAACAGAAAAGUUACAUUCAUGUUUCAACCUGACCAUUAUCCUGAUCAUCCACACAGAUUCACCGAAUGUUGUCGGGUCCUGAGUAAAGAGAGUCUGACUGGACGUUGUUACUGGGAGGUGGAGGAGAGUGGAGAAGGAGUUUAUGUAGCAGUCGCAUACAAGAAUAUCUGCAGAAAAGCAUACUCAGAUGAAUGUGGAUUUGGAUUCAAUAAUAAAUCUUGGGCUUUAUAUCGUGGUACCAACGGUUAUUUUUUUGGCACAACACUAAAACUCCCGUCUCUGGUCCUCAGUCCCAGAAUCGGAGUCUAUCUGGAUCACAGAGCAGGUAUUCUGUCUUUUUACAGCGUCUCUAAAACCAUGACUCUCCUCCACAGAGUCCAGACCACAUUCACUGAGCCCAUACAUGCUGGAGUUCAGUUUUCAGGCUAUUUAUUUUUUCUUUUCGGAUAUGGAGACACUGCAGAGUUUCUUCAACUCAAAUAGAGUAACUCCAGUGUCUGAGGGUCGGUUCAUAUUCAGCCCUGAUUUAAGUUCAUCAUAGUUGCAGCAUUAAUUAGUCACAUGACGAUGGAGCUGAUUCAUUCUUAAAUGUUUCAGUCAUUUUUUAAAAAUCUGUUUUCAGCUUUUGAAACUUUUCUUGAUUUUUUUUCAUGUCUGAUCAGAAACUGAAU